GUUGGUCAAUGACUCCAUGUGUUGUGUCCUGUCAAGCUUGGAUUUUGUGCAAAACGGAAAACAAUCGUAGACAAGCAAUUCUAUAUUUAACAAAUAAUAAUAAAAAAUAGCUGGUACAUUUCAUCCUACCGUAUUUCAAAUUUUUUAUUCCAAACAACAUUUUAGAUGUCGAAAGAUUCAAAUCUUACGACCAAAGAUAAGACAGUCAAAGGGAAAGGAUGUACUAAUGAUAACCACCAGAGACUAUCUGCUGGAGUAGAAGACAAAGAAAUGGAUAACUUACGUAAAUGGUUCUCUGACAAACUGGCUCUAGGACUUGGAAACAAGGAUUUAAUGGAAAAACCGAAGGUUCUCCGUACUUUGGACUUAGAUGGAAUUGUUGACUAUAUCAAAAGUGGAAAUGUAAAAAAUAUCAUUACAAUGGCAGGGGCAGGCAUUUCAACUUCUGCUGGCAUUCCUGACUUCCGUAGCCCAACAAGUGGCCUUUACAGCAAGCUGUGUGGAUUUGAUUUACCCUAUCCUGAAGCUAUAUUUGAAAUUGAAUAUUUCAGAAAACAUCCAGAGCCUUUUUUUGCUAUGGCAAAAGAACUCUACCCCAAAACAUUUGAACCUACUCCAUGCCAUUAUUUUCUUAGAUUACUUAACAAAAAAGGACUCCUAUUGAGACAUUAUACUCAAAAUGUUGAUGCCUUAGAAAGAGUUGCUGGGAUUCCUGCAGAAAAAUUAGUUGAAGCUCACGGUACGCUCCACACAUCACGCUGUAUCAAUCCUGAAUGUCGUAAGGAAUACGACCGAAAAUGGAUGACAGAAAAAAUUCUUUCUGAUGUUGUGCCUCGCUGUGAACAAUGUAAAGCUGUUGUAAAGCCAGAUGCAGUGUUUUUUGGCGAACCGCUUCCUGAACGCUUUCGAUUGGUGGAAGAAGAUUUUCCGAAUUGUGAUCUACUGAUUAUAUUAGGAACUUCACUAGUUGUUCAGCCCUUUGCAUCUCUUGUCGAUCGUGUUCCGCCUAGAUGCCCGCGUCUUCUGAUAAAUUUCGAGGAAGCGGGAAAUGAAGACCCUGUUAUGGUUGUUCUUGGUUUCAGUUGUGGGUUGCAGUUUCAUGGAGCUGACAAUUUCCGUGACGUUGCUUGGCUUGGUGAUUGUGACGAAGGAUGCUUUCUAUUUGCAGAAAAACUUGGUUGGAAGGAUGAACUAAAUUCAUUGAUUGAAAAUGGAUGUGAAAGCGAAGAUUCGGUAGAAACAGGUGCUACUGAAAGUACCUAAUAAUAGACGCGGCAUUAAUAGUCUCGCAACAAAAGACUUAUAAACGUCUCGUGAAAGUAUCAAAUUUGUUUUGUGUUGAAUAUGCUUACGACUUACUUGCGAGAAUCUCACGCCCUUAAAAUGAGUAGUUAAAAUUGAAAAUUCCAAUGCUUUACAGAGUGUUCAAUCCUAUAUAUCCGAUUAAAGAAUAGUUGAUCUUAAA